AUGGAUGCUGCAAACGGGAAUUGCAUUGGGUGGGCCGCUAGGGAUCCUUCUGGGCAUCUCUCGCCUUACAAGUUCAACCGCAGGUCUGUAGGUACUGAUGAUGUCUCAAUAACCAUUGUGUACUGUGGAGUUUGUUAUGCCGACGUUGCUUGGACGAGGAACAAACUUGGGCACUCCAAGUAUCCUCUUGUGCCAGGGCAUGAGAUUGUGGGGAUCGUGAGGGAAGUGGGGCCAAAAGUUAGCGGGUUUAAGGUCGGAGAAUAUGUUGGGGUCGGAACUUACGUUAACUCUUGCCGGGAGUGCGAGUAUUGCGAAGAUGAAUUAGAAGUCUACUGCUCUAAAGGCCCAGUCUUUACUUUCGACAGUGUGGAUUUCGAUGGCACCAUCACCAAGGGAGGGUAUUCGAGUCACAUUGUGGUUCAUCAAAGAUACUGCUUUAAGAUACCGGAAAACUACCCACCACAGCUUGCGGCCCCUUUGCUCUGUGCUGGAAUUACGGUUUAUGCCCCAAUGGUGAAGCAUUGUAUGAAUCAGCCCGGGAAGUCUUUAGGUGUUAUCGGGCUUGGCGGGCUGGGCCACCUGGCCGUCAAGUUCGGGAAGGCUUUCGGGCUAAAGGUUACGGUUUUCAGCACCAGCUUAUCCAAGAAAGAUGAGGCUCUCAAUCUCCUGGGGGCGGACGAUUUCGUAAUUUCCAGUGACGACGAGCAGAUGAAGGCAUUGAAUAAGUCUCUCGAUUUCAUUAUAAAUACGGCGUCAGGGGACGUCUCGUUCGACUCGUUCCUGUCGCUGUUGAAGACAGAUGGUGUGCUCGCAUUGGUUGGGUUCCCAAGUGAAGUGAAAUUUAGCCCUGGGAAUCUCUUAAUGGGUGCAAAAACUAUUACUGGAAGUAUAACGGGCGGGACAAAGCAAACGCGAGAGAUGUUGGACUUUUGUGCGGCUCACAAAAUUUACCCUGAAAUCGAAGUAAUUCCGAUUGAUUAUUCGAACGAGGCACUCGAGAGGAUGAUAAAGAGGGAUGUGAAGUACCGGUUCGUGAUCGAUAUUGCGAAUUCCCUCAACCAAAACUGA